GAGGGGUUUGGGAGAGUAGGCGCUUGUUGGAUUUUUCAACUGGGUUUUUUUGCUGCUUCUGCUUUUUGCUGUUUUUGGAGCUCAAAUUUUAGCGGGAAACUUGUUCUAACGACCCUCUAAACCAAAGUUCAAGAAGCAUGAACUCUCCAUCCACCCAGUUUGUACCUUCAAGAAGGAUGGUUAUCUAUGAGCCUAUCCACCAGAUUGGGACGUGUGGAGAAAAUUUUAAGAGUAGUGUUAAUCCACAUACAUCUUCAUCACUGAUUGUCGAAGCAGAUUACAAGAUGGAGAAUGAGUCUGAGACUGGGUCACAUGAAAUGCUCGCACCUUCUAAUAAGUAUGACCAAGAAGCAACUAAACCUAUUGAUAAGAUACAAAGACGGCUUGCACAAAACCGUGAGGCUGCUCGUAAAAGCCGUUUGCGGAAAAAGGCAUAUGUUCAACAGUUAGAACAUAGUCGUUUAAAGUUGAUUCAAUUGGAGCAAGAGCUUGAACGAACGAGCCAACAGGGUCUUUAUAUGGGUGGUGGGUUAGAAGGUGGUCAUCUUGGAUUCUCUGGAGGAGCAAACUCAGCCCAUUUUAGGGAUUCUGCAGGGGUUGCUGCAUUUGAGAUGGAAUACGGACAUUGGAUGGAAGAACAAAACAGACAAAUAUGUGAACUCAGGACCGCUUUGAAUGCCCAUAUAAGCGAUAUAGAGCUUGGCAUACUUGUGGAAAGUGGCCUGGGCCACUAUUCUGAACUUUUCCGCCUGAAAUCAACUGCUGCUAAGGCUGAUGUUUUCUAUGUGAUGUCUGGCAUGUGGAAAACAUCAGGCGAGCAAUUUUUCUCAUGGAUUGGAGGGUUUCGCCCUUCAGAACUUCUUAAGGUGCUUGUGACUCAGCUUGACUCCUUGACAGAACAUCAAUUCUUGGAAGUUUGUAACCUGAAACAAUCAUGUCAGCAGGCAGAAGACGCGCUUUCGCAAGGUAUGGAGAAACUCCAGGAAACUGUGUCUGCAACUGUAGCAGCUGGUCAACUGGGCGAAGGUAUUUACAUUCCUCAGGUGGCUACUGCAAUGGAAAAGUUAGAAGCUUUAGUCAGCUUUGUGAACCAGGUAAUAAUUGCAUCAUCCCAUGGUGACUCACAAGGGUUUAUCAGCAAGAACAUUUCACAGAUAGUUUUUUCUCUGCGUUUGCUCUCUUUCUAUAUGCAGGCGGACCACCUUCAGCAGGAAACACUGAAUCAGAUGUCUCGCAUCCUAACAACUCGCCAGGCAGCUCGAGGCUUACUUGCUUUGGGAGAAUACUUCCAACGUCUUCGGGCUCUAAGUACACUAUGGGCUACCCGUCCUCGUGAGCCUGCCUAGCCUUGGAAGAUCCUACAUGAAUGAUGGUAGAUGAUCACUGCAAGAACAGUGUUCCUGCAUACAGAACAAAGGUGCCUUUUGGUAGAUGUCAUUAUAAACAUAAUUAGCAUCAAUUAUGCUGCCGAUAUUUUUUGAAGCAGCUUUUGGAAAACUGAGAUCUGAGAUGUUGUACAUGUAAGUAGUUAUUUUACCUAGGGGAAGGUUGUGAUUAAAUCAAUUUUCUAUGAUGUGUUGUGCAUUAUAUAUACUCUUGAAAGGAGAUACAUAUAUAGGUUCUACAUUUGAGUUUACA